AUAACCUUAAAAUUUUUGUAAAACUUCAAUAUGUUUAAAAAACCGUUUAAAGUAAAAAGUAACACUCAAGUUAAGGGAUCUGAAAGAAAAUUAUUCAAAGAAUUAGUUUUAAAAUCAUUUCCAGUGUUGACAGAAGAAGAAUUCAACGAUUUUUUGCCGAAAAAGGAGGUUUUAAACACUGUUAAGGUACAAACAUGGGAAGGAGAGGUGGUGCAAGUGUACACAGUGCAAAAAGUCCCGAUGAUAUUCGAUGUAAGGGGAGUUUGUUACCCAACAGUGUAUUUUCUUUGGAAGUUUCCGAAGCUCUUGUAUGCCUUUACAACCCACUCUCAGGUGACGAAUUUUAUAUUGCAAGGCGCCGACUUAAUGCUGCCAGGGGUGACGAGCCCACCACACCAGUCAGGGCUGCCAAAGUACGGAAAUUUAAACGAAAAUAAUUUGUGCUACGUCAAUCUGCUGAACAACGUGGCAGCUAUUGCUGUCGGGUUAGCAGCCCAAAGCUCUCAGUCGAUGGUUUUUGCUAAUGGGCGGGGUAGGUGCGUUAAAAUCAUGCAUUAUUACGGUGAUAAAUUGUGCUGUGGCGAUGGUGUGCCUAAAUUGUCAGUGCCUAAUUUAGGCCCACCUGAAUGGCUGGUUUCUAAAGGCUAUGAUGAAGAUUUUCCCGCCUUGGGGCAAGAAUCACAACCUGAGAAAAUCACGGUAGAAGAACCCAGUGAAAAAGUGGUGGAAAUUGUUGAAAAUACGACAGAAGAAAAUAUUGAAAACGAAGAACAUAAUACCGAAGUUGAUUCAGUGGAAAAACAGGAUGAGUUGUUGAAAUAUUGUUUUUUGGUGGCUGUUAAAUACUCAAAGACUUUAACUUUACCCUGUCUAACGUCGAAUUUCUUCAAAUUACACAUGUUACCUGCCUGUCCUGAAGGAAAAAGUCUGGAUUUAAAAAAAUCUUCCUACAAGAAAUUAAAACCUUUUUUGGAAAAAAUGGUAGAGUUGCGUGUUAUAACAAUAAAAGAAAUUAAAAAAGGCGUGGAAGCCAUAACUGCCGUAAGCAAGGAGUGUUCAGUAUUUUCGGAAUUUUAUAUAACACCUGAGUUUAGACCUAGGAAAGACAAUGAAGUGGAGACAACAACCAGCGUUGUAGAAUCCUACAUAAUCACAGGAAAUGUGCUGCCAAUUUUUCAAAAAGAAGGUUUCCAGAAGGGUGAUACUGUAUUGGGCACAGACGUGAGAAAGUAUGUUGCAAAGUAUGUUAAGGACAAUAAUUUCCAAGAUGAUGAAAACCCAAAACUUGUAAAACCCAAAGAAAUUCUUAGAACAAUAUGCAAAUCGGAAUCGCCAAUAACAUGGGAAGAAUUAGUGGAAAGAGUAUGUGAAAGCAUGAAAAAUUGCUUCAAAGUUUCGUCUGGUGGUGGGGAGGAGAUGUUUAAUAAGGGAAAAGUCUCUCCCAUUAAUAUUUCAGUAUCAGUGAGAUCAGGAAAUAAAAAAGUGACUCUAAUGGAUAACUUGGAACUUUUCGGAAUAAAAUUAUCAGAAUUCGCCAAGGAAUGCCAGCAUGGGGUGGCAGCUAGCACUAGUAUAAGCAGACCACCUGGAAAGAAGUGUGACCAACUGCUAGUGCAAGGAAACCAAGUUAUUUUUGUCUAUAAUUUAUUGAUUGAGAAAUACAAGAUUCCCAAGAAGUAUGUUAAGGGUUUAGAGAACGCCCCCAAAAAGAAGAAAUAAAACAAUGUAUUUAUUUUUGAGAUGAUAUUUUAAUAAAAUUUCCCGUAUAA